CAUUGUGUUUGGUUUAAAUGUCAAUUUCUUUAAAAGUAUAUACUACCUCUCGAAAUUUUUAAAUUUACCCCUAAUAUCAAGAAUGUCUCAUGGUCCGGAUAAGCCCGAAAAACAGGCAACGACGGAGACUCCAGCGUUGACUAAAGACACCAUAACCACGGACAAAUGCCUAGCGGACUUCUGCUUGAAGGGCGGAAGCGGGUUGAUCAUCGGCAGUGUUUUCACUUUGUUCUUCACGCGGCCACAAACCUAUCCGAUUUGGCUCGGAUUGGGUGUUGGAAUGGGCAUAGCCUACGACUGUUGCCAGGACCGUUGGAAUCAGCAAUAGUAUUCAAAUUAUUAAA